AUGACAUCCAUCUACGGGAAAGAAAUCCUUCCACCUGCGGCUCCUCACCUCCGGGAGCCGCCGCCGGAGCUCAGGCCGUGGAAGGACAAACCACCAAAUGAAUCCACCGUACACCUCACACCGCACAUGGUCAACGCCGAGAUGCUCAAACUCUUCAAUAAUGAGAUGCCGAGAAUACCCUCGAGUUCUGAACUAAAGAAUCGUCUGAAAAAACAGCUGAAGAAGGACGACAACAACAAGUGA